UAGAAAAACGAAGCUUACAAGUAACAUUUCAUGUUGCCUUGAGAUAUGAACAAGAAAUAUUAUUGAGAAGUGAUUUUGUCUUGUCUUGUUGCUGUCCUUAAAUGACAAUGAAUGUCAUUCAACAAAUAUACAGCAUUUCUAGACCUGUGCAUCAGUUGUUAAGAUAUACAUGCAUCUCCUCUUACAGGCAUUUUACAGCGUCAACAACUAAAUACAGAAGAGAAAUAAUAGAGAAAACAGAGGGCAAUACCACUGUUAUUGAAGGAAAGAUAAUUCCAGUAGAUCAAAGCAAACUCCUGAAACCACAACUUGCAGAAGGAAAUACAAUAGCCUGUCCCUUGUGUAGAUUAGAAUUACAUCCAAAACUCAAAUAUACAGAUGUUUUAAUACUAAGACAGUUCCUGACCCCAGAGGGAGAGCAGUUACCAAGAAAAAUAUCUGGACUAUGUUAUAAACAGCAUAAAGAAGUCAAAAACUUAGUACGACAAGCUUAUAGAGCAGGUUUAUUAACAGAAUAUCAGUUUCCAGAGGGUCAUCCUAGGAGAAGUCAAAGAUCAAAUUGGAAGUGGAAGAAAUACAAUGUUUACUUUGAAGAGGAGGACAAAUUUAGAUUUUAAUUAAUAAAUGAAUAAUACUUCA